AUGAAACGGAAAAUAGGUCUCAAAAGAUAUGGCCUUCGUUUCUACCCUCUUGUAUGCUCUACUGCUUCUCCAGGAAGUGCUCAAAAAAUUAUUGAAGAAAAUGGUGGUGCACAUCGAGAAUUGGACCCUGCUCUAAAUGUGUUCUUUAGAGUCAACGAUUUAUAUCUUGGCAAAAAGAUGAUGAUAUAUUUUGCUGGAAAUGACAAUUUUGCCCAUACUCGGCUACUCUCUCGAGAUGAAGCCGAUUCAAUCCAUUUCUCGUCGUCAAAACUCCCGUACCUUCUCGAUUUCUUCAAAUUCUCUAAGGAGUCCCCACAAGCCAAAGCCAUGGAAACCACACUGAAGCAAUGCGAGCUCAAGUCGAAAGGGGGUGAGAUCAAGUUUUGUGCCACGUCCUUAGAGUCCAUGCUCGACAUGGCACGUGGCGUUCUGGGUGUGGUCAAACCGAAGGUGUUGACCACCAAGAUUUUGAAUUCCAAUCAUACCCUUUUUCAAAGGUAUACUUUUAUGGAAAAGCCAAUGGAGAUUUACGCUCCUAAAAUGAUGGCUUGUCAUACCAUGGCUUACCCUUAUUUGGUUUAUUAUUGUCAUGGGCAAAAAGGUCAUUUUAAUAGGGUGUUUAAGAUCGCAUUGCGAGGAGAAAAUGGUGAAAGAGUGGAAGGUGUUGGUAUUUGCCACAUGGAUACAUCCACGUGGGAUCCUGACCACGUGGCAUUCCAGGUGCUCGGAGGCCAGCCUGGCAGCUCUCCGGUGUGCCAUUUCCUUCCAGUGGAUAACCUUGUAUGGUUGUCGUCUACUUAA